GUUUGGUUUUAUGUUUGUUUGUUGUGUAGUAGGUUUAGGUUACACUAUAAUCUUACUAUAAUUAUCAAUGUUCAAUUCUGCAAUCCUAACCUAAAUCCUGAUCAAAAAUCAAAUAAGUUACACCUAAAUCGUAAAAUCUCCGGUGGGCACUACACUAAUGGAGUGGCCAGUGGGCAGUCUAAGUUAAGGGUUAAGUACUAAGUUCUGAGUGCGGUUAGCUGCUCAAUAAACUAUAAACUAAAGCAUUUAUACAUGUAACAUAUCAAUACUAUUCCAAAUCUACAAUAUUCUAUAGAUCUAUAAUACAAUCUACACACUCUUACUAAUUAACUAGGACCUGUGGAUUCAAAGGUGGAACUUAACCUAAACAAGGCCUAGUCUAACAAUGGUGAUGCACGAUUAUUUGUUUAUGUUUACAAUCAAGAUUUCAGUUUUUACAUGAAAAAAUAUGUUUCUUUAAUAAGAGAUUUGCAGUCAUGGAUCUAGAAAUAGCAGGCCAUUGUGUUGGACCACUAACAAAAGACUAUUUAUCAAAACUACCUCAUCAUGUAUUGCCAUGUAUGAAUCUACAAAGGUCAUUUCCUUUUGAAGAAGACAACGACUUUACAAAUGACCACUUCUCAAAAAAUGUCUUAUGGGAAUCAUCUUUACCAAUACCGAUAACUAAACUUACUGACUUAACUUUUGAAGCUCUGAAUGGCAUUGAUCAAACAACUGCUUUAAUAAGGAAUAAACUAAGGUGGCAAAUGAAAAAGGAAAAGAUUCUCAAUGCAGUAAAAAAAGACAAGAAAAACUUAAGUGACAAACUGAUAAGAAAAGCAGGAACAGUUGAGGCAGGGUCAAGUACUGUGCUUCCACGUGGGAUAGUUCAACUGGCUGGCCAUCUGGACAAGGAUCCUGAUCCUCAAUUCUCUGGGGUUUAUAACUGGUAUUAUACUGGAGGGUCUUUGGCAACCUUGGCGAAUAAUGAAGAAAACUACCUGUUUUAUCCAAGAGAAUCAAACAUAUGCUGUUCCCAGUUUGAAAAUGGUCAGAACAAGGAGCUGUUUACAUUGCCUCUUGAACUGAAUAACCCUAUCUAUCAAAUUGCGAGCAGUGAAGCUGGUGUGGUGACCAGGCAAAAAUCUUGCGUUAAUUUGUUUAAUAUUUGUCAGUCAGAAGAUAAGCUGCUCCUAAAUAAAAUUCACACGGUGUCAAAUAAAAGGGACUCAUUUGUGAGUGUCGCCCUACAAGACAAAUCAAAUGAGAAAUACUGUACACUCUCUAGCAGUGGCAUUCUGAAACUCUGGGACGUUGAGUACUCCAAUGGCUACAAGAUGAAGAUGAAGGUAGCUCCUGGGGAGGGAGUACAUGUGAUGGACAACUGGAGCUCCAUACAGUUUGUGGACAACAAAACUCUGCUGCUGGCGGACAGAUGCUGCAUACACUUGCUGGACUGCAGAGUUGAUAUGAAUGAGAAGCAGCUAGCGUGGUGUCCCCGCAAGUUGGGAGAGCAGUGUGAGCAGUUGUCCUAUGUGACAAGCAGCUGUCUACAGGAUCAGGUGGUGUACUGCACAACCUCCCAUCAGGUACUUUCCCUAGACCUCAGGAUAGGCUUUGGACAGCGAUGGUCUCAUAUGAUGGCAGCACCACCCUACCUGGGCUUCACUCACAACACUGCACAACACACCAACCAGGAGAUUCUAUGCAUCGGCAGUCAGGUGAUGUCAGACUGUAUAUGCAUCGUCAACUGCUGGAGAGGGGGUAACCCUCAAGCAGAGUAUCGUCCAAUAUCCCUCCCCUCCCCCUGUCGUGGACUCAUACUAGCUCGCCAGCAGGGGGUGUGUCUUGAGCCUACACUUAGUCAAAGGUUUUCUCAGAGUAUGAUCGGACUGACAUGCUUACCAAGCACAAAUGGUUUGCAUGUUGUGAGACAGUCUGCAACAGGGGAUGUGUUCCUACAAGAGCUGUCUCAGUCAAAGGGAGAUGAACCUAGUAGACUGACUAGUGAUCAGCUUACUGCAUACUCUGAGUGGAGCAAGCCAGCCUUGUCUCUACAAAGGGACACCACCACUGUCAGUGUCACAGAUGUCAAGAACCUCACACCAUUACUUGAAGCCUUGACUGAGACAUACAGUGAGGAACCUGAACAUGGGGUGGAGGUGGAGGCGGAGGUGCAGAGUGGAGGGUGGAGGAGGUCCAAGCAGUACCUGGAGGAUUGUGUAGAUCUACUGGCUGGCAGACUGUUGUCUGUGUGGGAGGUGGACGAUGAGGAGGAGUGGCUAGAACAACAGGAACACACUCUGCAGGAACAAGACCCAGCAGAGAGAGUCAGCAACUGGCUCAAUGACUACACACUCCAAGACACAGCACCACUGAAGCCCAAAGUGACGAGCACACCAUAUGUGAGGCGUGUCAGUCCCCCCAGGUCUCUAGACAUUCCUGUACAGCCACAAACACAACCCCCCCAGGUCCCCUCACCACCCCCCUCCCCUGUCAGCCCUCCUCGCAAGAGACAACGGUUACUGCAGGUCACACCACCUUCUCAACAAUUCACAUCUUCUACAAAGCCGCCGACCACCACCGCCAAAAAAAAGUUCAUCCCCGGCUUCUAAUUGAAUAUAAGUGAUCAAAUUUGGUAAUUAUUUUGUGAACUAUUUUGUUUCGUUACAUUUUGUUACAAGUAUUGUCAAGUUGUUAACCACUGUAAAGAGGUUAGUCUCAAAAUCUAGACCACAGUUUUUUUAUGUUUUAAAAGUAUGCUUGGAUUGAUCUUGUGUUGAGGUGCUCAUUGCUCAACCAAAGUAUCGUAAGUAUUGAAUUGAAAAUCAGAAUUACAUUAUCAUUUCACUAAUUAUGCUUCUCUCAUAUUUAAUGAGAAAUAAAUAAAUGAAUUUCCUCUUAAAGAUUACUAUCAUUACUUAAUACUAUUUGUUCUGUCCGUGCUUCGAACGGGACAAGAAUACUUUAAAGAAUAUUGUGGAUCUCUGAAACAAAACAGUUGGUAUCUUAAAAUCUGUUGCACACUGUGAAGAAAAUAAAAUGCUUUUCUACUUUGUAUGGAUAUUUUUUACAAAUAAACUGUUUGUAUCCCAUGGUA